AUGACAACUACUUCAACCAACAGCGUGAUGCAUCUGGUAGACUUGGAUUAUCAACUUUACAAAAGUAACCGCUUGGCAUAUUGCAUGCCUGCUGAUGCGACCGAUGAAUACAUCAAAAUAGGAGAGUCUACAGCAAUUGAAUGCAUGAAAAGAUUUUGUCGUGCAAUUGUUUCUAGCUUUUCGGAGUGGUAUCUCAGGUCACCGACACCAGAGGACGUUUCCAGACUUCUCAGUAUUGGCCAACAACGCGGAUUUCCUGGAAUGUUAGGCAGUCUUGAUUGCAUGCAUUGGAAGUGGAAAAACUGUCCAACGGCAUGGACAGGACAAUUUGCAGGUCGUAGCGGAUCACCUACGAUCAUCCUCGAAGCGGUUGCGGAUUAUGAUCUAUGGAUAUGGGAUGCCUUUUUCGGAAUGCCGGGAAGCAACAACGAUAUUAAUGUUCUAAACUCCUCCAAUUUAUUUUCCAAGCUUGCUCAAGGUAUCGCUCCUCCAGCUAAUUACACAAUUCAAGGUCAAGAAUAUAACAUGGAUUAUUAUUUGGCCGAUGGUAUAUAUCCUAAAUGGUCAACAAUUGUUCAAACAAUAAGCGAUCCCCAAGGUCCAAAGAAAAAAUUGUUUGCAGCAAGACAAGAAUCAUGUCGGAAAGAUGUUGAACGAGCUUUUGGAGUUCUUCAAGCCAAAUUCGCUAUCGUCGCAAGAUCCUCACGUUACUGGAAAAAGAGGUAUUGCAUGAUAUAA